GCUACAUUUGACUCUAGUUUAAAAAAUAUGUUGUACACAAAACUAGUUAAUUCACUACUUAAUUUGCUAGAACUCGAAUUAAUAGUUACAUAAAUAGUUAAUUAGUUUUUUACAAUUUUUUAUUAAUUGCUACAUUUGACUCUAGUUUAAAAAAUAUGUUGUACACAAAACUAGUUAAUUCACUACUUAAUUUGCUAUAACUCGAAUUAAUAGUUACAUAAAUAGUUAAUUAGUUUUUUACAAUUUUUUAUUAAUCGCUACAUUUGACUCUAGUUUAAAAAAUAUGUUGUACACAAAACUAGUUAAUUCACUACUUAAUUUGCUAGAACUCGAAUUAAUAGUUACAUAAAUAGUUAAUUAGUUUUUUACAAUUUUUUAUUAAUUGCUACAUUUGACUCUAGUUUAAAAAAUAUGUUGUACACAAAACUAGUUAAUUCACUACUUAAUUUGCUAUAACUCGAAUUAAUAGUUACAUAAAUAGUUAAUUAGUUUUUUACAAUUUUUUAUUAAUCGCUACAUUUGACUCUAGUUUAAAAAAUAUGUUGUACACAAAACUAGUUAAUUCACUACUUAAUUUGCUAUAACUCGAAUUAAUAGUUACAUAAAUAGUUAAUUAGUUUUUUACAAUUUUUUAUUAAUCGCUACAUUUUUUAGAUGGAUCGUCCUAGAUAUUCGGUUGAUAUGGGUAACCUCGAGCGCAACCGAACGAAAGAGCUUGCGAGGAAGAGAUCCCGCAAAGGUAAAUCACAUAUCGGCUCUUCAUCUCAAAGUCGAGAUGAUUUUGAUACGGGUUACGUAAGGAGGGAUGGGGACGCGAUGACCGACGAACAACUAGAACAAGAAUUGCACCGACAUAAUUCCCGCUUUUUUCAAGACCAACCGAGGACCAUUGACGAAGAAGAGCUCGAGGAUGAGGACGACGAUGUGGAGGAAGCAAUUCCGGAGAGCCGCGACGAGGAGGAGGAGGAGGGUGGCGGCAGCCAUGACGCCGACCAACCAGCCUCAUACCAAACGGGUACAAAAAAAGUAAAUCUGACCUAAUGGCUAAUAAUUUUUCUAAGUGGAAGGACCCGAACACUGGGAAUUGGACCGCAACUUGCAAUUGGUGCAAGAAAAACUAUAGCUUGGGGAUUUGCGGCGGAUACGGAUCCGCCACAAGACACCUUAAGUCCAAACACCCGGUGGAGUAUGCAAAAUUAGGCGGCGGAACGGGGAAGCAAACGCAAAUAUCGAGGUUUGCAAAUAACCAACAAGCUUUUGGUAAUUUCUCAUACAAUGAUGCACAAAAUUUGACAGGUAUGGCUAACUUACUUGUUGAAGAAAAUUUGCCUUAUUUGUUUUCUGAAAGUCUUGUUUUUCGUGAUUAUGCACAAACUUGUUUAAAUCCGCAAUAUAGAGGUUAUAGUCGCAAAACGGUUAAGAAAGAAAUUUCAAGGCUUUAUGGUGCGGAAAAGGUAAGGUUACAAAAUUAUUUUGCAAACUUUGAUGGACGUGUUACUGUAUGUUCUGACAUAUGGGAGGAUACUUAUCAUAAUUUACAUUAUUUGGGUCUGACUGUACAUUAUAUUGAUAAUGAUUGGCAUAUGCAUAAACGUGUUCUUGCUUUCCGUGAAUUUAAUGAUCGUC